AGGAACCAAACAGAAGCAAACGGGACCAAACUGGACCAAACAGGACCCAACAGCAGUGGUUUAUAGGACUUAAGGGGAUCUCCUGAAAAUGACUCACAGGGAGAACUGGAAAGUACAGCAUGAGCGUCUGCACGUGAAGCACCGGGGCCAUGAGGCCAUGCAUGCAGAGAUGGUGCUCAUCCUCAUCGCUACGCUAGUGGUGGCUCAGAUCGUACUGGUACAGUGGAAGCAGCGGCACAACCGCUCAUACAAUUUGAUAACCCUGCUCCAGAUGUGGGCGGUUCCUCUCUAUUUCACUAUAAAACUGUACUGGUGGAGGUUUCUCUCCAUGUGGGGAAUGUUCUCUGUCAUCACCAGCUAUGUCGUCUUCAGAGCUACACGCAAACCACUGUCCUGUCGGACACCACGGAUGGUGUAUAAAUGGUUCCUAUUGAUCUAUAAGCUGAGCUAUGCGGUGGGAGUGAUUGGAUACCUGGCCAUCAUGUUCACAAUGUUCGGCUUUAAUGUCUUCUUCAGGAUCAAGGCUGAGGACUCCAUGGAUGUGGGUGUUGUCAUGCUGUUCUAUGGUCUGUACUAUGGAGUGAUGGGACGGGACUUUGCUGAGAUCUGCUCUGACUACAUGGCCUCAACUAUAGGGUACUAUAACAUGGGAGGAAUGCCGUCCAGGAGCCUGACACAUGAUAUCUGUGCGGUCUGUGGCCAGAAGAUCCUCGUAGACGUGGAUGAGGAGGGGAUUAUAGAAGAUACCUACCAACUGUCCUGUAACCACAUAUUCCACGAGUUCUGUAUCCGUGGCUGGUGCAUUGUGGGUAAGAAGCAGACGUGUCCGUACUGUAACGAGAAGGUCGACUUGAAGAGGAUGAUGAACAAUCCGUAUCCUUUCAUUGGCAGAGGCGAGAGCCACAGAACACAGGGAUUGGUUGAAUCUGAGAGCACAUUUUACACUCUCUUAUUGUUAAUCGGUCUUUGCAAUUGUUGCAUGUUGCGUUUAUAUUUUUGUUCAGUAUAAUUGUAAAGAAAUACUGUAAAACAUGUUUAAAACUAUAAUUUUGAUCUGAUGGAUGGUCAGUGGUUGUUUAUAAUAAUGAAUAAUAAUUAUAGUUUUAACCAUGUUAAAACGAGUGGUGUUUGAGGUUGCUGGACCUAGUGGUGUUUGAGGCUGCUGGACUCAGUGGUGUUUGAGGUUGCUGGACCCAGUGGUGUUUGAGGUUGCUGGACCCAGUAGUGUUUGAGGUUGCUGGACCCAGUGGUGUUUGAGGUUGCUGGACCCAGUGGUGUUUGAGGUUGCUGGACUCAGUGGUGUUUGAGGUUGCUGGACCCAGUGGUGUUUGAGGUUGCUGGACCCAGUGGUGUUUGAGGUUGCUGGACCCAGUGGUGUUUGAGGUUGCUGGACUCAGUGGUGUUUGAGGUUGCUGGACCCAGUGGUGUUUGAGGUUGCUGGACCCAGUGGUGUUUGAGGUUGCUGGACCCAGUGGUGUUUGAGGUUGCUGGACCCAGUGGUGUUUGAGGUUGCUGGACCCAGUAGUGUUUGAGGUUGCUGGACCCAGUGGUGUUUGAGGUUGCUGGGCCCAGUGGUGUUUGAGGUUGCUGGACCCAGUGGUGUUUGAGGUUGCUGGACCCAGUGGUGUUUGAGGCUGCUGGACCCAGUGGUGUUUGAGGUUGCUGGACCCGGUGGUGUUGGAGGUUGCUGGACCCGGUGGUGUUUGAGGUUGCUGGACCCAGUGGUGUUUGAGGUUGCUGGACCCAGUGGUGUUUGAGGUUGCUGGACCCAGUGGUGUUUGAGGUUGCUGGACCCAGUGGUGUUUGAGGUUGCUGGACCCAGUGGUGUUGGAGGUUGCUGGACCCGGUGGUGUUGGAGGUUGCUGGACUCAGUGGUGUUUGAGGUUGCUGGACCCAGUGGUGUUUGAGGCUGCUGGACCCAGUGGUGUUUGAGGUUGCUGGACCCAGUGGUGUUUGAGGUUGCUGGACCCAGUGGUGUUUGAGGUUGCUGGACCCAGUGGUGUUUGAGGUUGCUGGACCCAGUGGUGUUUGAGGUUGCUGGAUCCAGUGGUGUUUGAGGUUGCUGGACCCAGUGGUGUUUGAGGCUUCUGGACCUAGUGGUGUUUGAGGUUGCUGGACCCAGUGGUGUUUGAGGUUGCUGGACCCAGUGGUGUUUGAGGUUGCUGGACCCAGUGGUGUUUGAGGUUGCUGGACCCAGUGGUGUUUGAGGUUGCUGGACCCAGUGGUGUUUGAGGCUUCUGGACCUAGUGGUGUUUGAGGUUGCUGGACCCAGUGGUGUUUGAGGCUGCUGGACCCAGUGGUGUCUGAGGUUGCUGGACCCAGUGGUGUUUGAGGUUGCUGGACUCAGUGGUGUUUGAGGCUGCUGGACCCAGUGGUGUUUGAGGUUGCUGGACCCAGUGGUGUUUGAGGUUGCUGGACCCAGUGGUGUUUGAGGUUGCUGGACCCAGUGGUGUUUGAGGCUGCUGGACCCAGUGGUGUUUGAGGUUGCUGGACCCAGUGGUGUUUGAGGUUGCUGGACCCAGUGGUGUUUGAGGUUGCUGGACCCAGUGGUGUUUGAGGUUGCUGGACCCAGUGGUGUUUGAGGUUGCUGGACCCGGUGGUGUUUGAGGUUGCUGGACCCAGUAGUGUUUGAGGUUCCUGGACCCAGUGGUGUCUGAGGUUGCUGGACCCAGUGGUGUUUGAGGUUGCUGGACCCAGUGGUGUUUGAGGUUGCUGGACCCAGUGGUGUUUGAGGCUGCUGGACCCAGUGGUGUUUGAGGCUGCUGGACCCAGUGGUGUUUGAGGCUGCUGGACCCAGUGGUGUUUGAGGCUGCUGGACCCAGUGGUGUUUGAGGUUGCUGGACCCAGUGGUGUUUGAGGUUGCUGGACCCGGUGGUGUUUGAGGUUGCUGGACCCGGUGGUGUUUGAGGUUGCUGGAUCCAGUGGUGUUUGAGGUUGCUGGACCCAGUGGUGUUUGAGGCUUCUGGACCUAGUGUUGUUUGAGGUUGCUGGACCCAGUGGUGUUUGAGGUUGCUGGACCCAGUGGUGUUUGAGGUUGCUGGACCCAGUGGUGUUUGAGGUUGCUGGACCCAGUGGUGUUUGAGGUUGCUGGACCCAGUGGUGUUUGAGGCUUCUGGACCUAGUGGUGUUUGAGGUUGCUGGACCCAGUGGUGUUUGAGGCUGCUGGACCCAGUGGUGUCUGAGGUUGCUGGACCCAGUGGUGUUUGAGGUUGCUGGACUCAGUGGUGUUUGAGGCUGCUGGACCCAGUGGUGUUUGAGGUUGCUGGACCCAGUGGUGUUUGAGGUUGCUGGACCCAGUGGUGUUUGAGGUUGCUGGACCCAGUGGUGUUUGAGGUUGCUGGACCCAGUGGUGUUUGAGGUUGCUGGACCCAGUGGUGUUUGAGGCUGCUGGACCCAGUGGUGUUUGAGGUUGCUGGACCCAGUGGUGUUUGAGGUUGCUGGACCCAGUGGUGUUUGAGGUUGCUGGACCCAGUGGUGUUUGAGGUUGCUGGACCCAGUGGUGUUUGAGGUUGCUGGACCCGGUGGUGUUUGAGGUUGCUGGACCCGGUGGUGUUUGAGGUUGCUGGACCCGGUGGUGUUUGAGGUUGCUGGACCCGGUGGUGUUUGAGGUUGCUGGACCCGGUGGUGUCUGAGGUUGCUGGACCCAGUGGUGUUUGAGGUUGCUGGACCCAGUGGUGUUUGACGUUGCUGGACCCGGUGGUGUUUGAGGUUGCUGGACUCAGUAGCAAAAUAAGUCUUCCUACUGCUGUUACGCAACACUUUCCACAUUACUCACAGAACAUCGUGUUGCUAGUUUCGGCCCUCCGUUAGCGAAUGUCACUAGUUACCACAGCCACAAAGUCAAAAUUUGUAUAUCGUAAUAGUUCAUGAAAACACAAAUGUGCUUUCUGGUCUUAAUAUGAGAUUAGAGUAUAAGGUUAGCCUUAUGGUUAAAGCUAAGGUUAGGUUUAGAAGAGAAAUUAUGACACAAUUAUGACUUUGUAGCUAUGGUAACGAGAGACGACCCUCCCCUUAGCCCACAUGAAUAUGCGAAGCCACUCCUCUCUAAUCAUGUAGGAUUUGUUUUCUGAGGAGGUGGAUCGGUAGCAGAAUCUCCGACAGUGUCCUCAUCAUCAUCGUCGUCUUCUUCAAGGUUGAUCAUUUUUUUGUCGUUUUUAUUUUUUUGUCAAAGAACUUAAAUUAUACCGCGUUUCAGUGUUGCUGUUCUUGCUAGUUAGCUUGCUAGCUAACACCGUUAUUUAACUGACAGAAAAGGGCGCCACAGUUCUGAGGGAAAGUUUAAGCGAAAAGGGAUUGGAUGUGUACCAGGCAUGUGAUUGGUUUAAUUAGCUACAUUUGAAACAUUUGAAGCAUUAUGAUUGGUUAUGAUUUGUAAACCAUGUAUCAGCCUGUCUGUAGUUGGAGCAGAACAAGAAGUGUUGAAGCAAAAUAAUGUUACGCUUUGAGUUUUUUUUGUAUUGGAUCAUUUUUUGCUCAUCCCGGUGAUCCCAAAAUAAAUGU